UACAAGACUGAAUUUUGCAGAAAUUGGAUUGAAUUGGGUCAUUGCAGAUAUGGUACUAAGUGUCUUUAUGCUCACGGAGAAAAAGAAAUUCGAACUGUACCAAGACAUGCUCGUUAUAAAACUCAAAUUUGCCGCGCUUACCAUUCUGAUGGUUCCUGUCCUUAUGGUAUCCGUUGCACAUUCAUCCAU